GUCAUCAACAGGAAGCACAGGAGGAAGUCAGUUUCAUUCUUUCUUUUCUCAGUGUUCUGUUAACUUAAGAGUGAAUCACAAGCUAAUAUUUCCGUUUCUGGAAUACAAUUUCAAUUAUGCCUAGAUCUCAGAUAUUUACAGAAAGUAUUUUGGAACUUCACAAACCAUAUGGAUGUAUGAUGUUGCACUGAAAAAGGAUUUUCUUCCACUUUGAACUGUUUGACCUUUAGAUAGGCAUAUGGUGCAAUGCCGCCAUUUUUCUAACUUUGUUGUCUGUAACCCUCCUUUAUUUCUGUAAGGGUGGGUUGAUCUAAACAACCAUUGUCUAAUAUUUUUUAAAUAGAGCUGAUAUCAGUGAAGCUGAGGAACCUCUUUUCAGUGAGAACUUCUGGAGGGACAUGACUCGUGGGUUAUAACAGCUCGGAGUUGCAGGCAAUCUCUUUUUUGCGUUUAUUCUUUCAUCUGGAUUGAUUAUUUAGUGCUACACUGGGUAAUCAUGAGUUCUGAAAUUCCACAAAAAUCUGAGGUCAUGAACUGGAAUGCUGACCGAUUGGCCGCAUUUUUUUCAAAGAGGCGGGAUCUGGCAGGCUGUGAUAAAGUUAUCUUGAAGAACCACAUAAAUGGUCAGAGAUUCUUGAACAUGUCAGAAAAUGACUUGCAGAAAUUUCCAAAACUACAUGUGCCACUCAUCUCUAAAAUCAGCCGUGAAAUCAACACAAAUGUGGCUAAGAGGGGACUCUUUCCCAAAAGACAAGCUGCCACAAAGUUUGAGCCAGAAUUGGUGCGAAAUGAACCGGUUGGUUGGGAUCCUGAGGAGUUUGAUCAAAGCGAUGAUGACUAUGAAUCCCCAAUAUCAGAAGAUGAUGGAGGUAAUAGUGAUUAUGAGUCACCUACAGAUGGACCAGAGGAUCAAGAACAUGCUGACAGUGACUAUGAACCACCCCCAUCAGAAAAGACUGACGUAGUGAAUCAGAUAUGUGCUGCGAAGCCGAACGCCGAUAGUGAAUACAUUGACGACAAUCGUGCUCGGGGUGUUUCGAUGAGGAACCAGCCUCCUGUGCCUCCAGAACGCCCAGGACCAGGGCCAGGUCCCGCUCUGCCCUUCGGUCGCCCAAAUGCCCGUCCAAAGGCAGAUCAGUCUCCACAGAGACCUGUUUGUAGACCCCAGAACAGGCUGCCCCCUGGUCCUGGUCCUGGUGCACCUCGUGUUGAUCGCAGUAAAAAACCUUCGACUUUGGAGCGACCAGCUCCACAGCCAGCUCCACCAGGAAAGAGACCUCCUGUUUCUGAUAAGGAUCCACUGGCCAAGCCUCCUUUCCCAGGACCAGGUGUGCAAAGGAGUGUUUCAGCAGCGUGUAGAGGCCCCCCUAUCAGGCAACCAGCUGGGGAUUUCAGUCACGAAGAGCAAACGUCUAGACUACCAUUCAGCUCCAACACAUUUCCCCUGCCGAGGAACCCCUCUCCUCGCCCUUCUCCGCCUGGACUGCCAGGUGACAGUUGGCCAUCUAUUGGUGGUUCUGUCAUUGGGCCUGGAAGUAAAUCUCUACCUGGCCACUUAAAAGAAGUGAAGAAUUCAAGGAGACCUUCACCACACAGAGCUCUUGGUUCAGGCCAGGAUAUGGACCCUAAGUGGUAUUUGGGCCAGGUGACACGUGGACAAGCAGAGGGUAGAUUGUUGGGAAUUAAUAAGGAUGGCGCCUAUCUUGUGAGGGACAGCUCACGAGGCUCACCAGCCCAGCCUUACACACUCAUGGUCCUCUUCCAGAGCAAAGUCUUCAACAUCCAGAUCCGCUAUGACACCGAGCAACAGGCUUUUCUGCUGGGCACAGGCCUCAAAGCCACAGAGAGGUUUCCAACCGUCAGGGACAUCAUUGAGAACUACAAGCAUAUGCCACUGCUUCUGAUAGAUGCAAAAAAUCGUGGUUCGGGACAACAAAAUCAGUGUCCUCUAAUUCAUCCAGCAGGACAUUGAAUCCACUCGGUCAAAAGAGCACACAAACAUAAUGGCCAUUGAACAAUGGGCCUUUUUUCACUUGGCCAGUAAUAGUGACUGAGAGCAAAACUAUUAUUCAUGUAAAAUCAUACUGUUAUGGGAUAUUCUUGAACAGCUGGAUUUUUACAGUUUCACCCAAAUAAUGCUGAAAUAGUGGUUUUACAAGUCAAACAUGUGAUCCCCUUAUGUUUGACUGGACAUCACCACUGAAAUGGUAUCACUCAAAAUCGUAGUUGGAUGACUAUUCCUGAAUAUUCAACAGUUCCAGUGAUGACGGCCUCUGGAUUUGUGUUUCUAAGACCAGUUACAUUAUAUAUCAGUGUUGUAACUUUUUUGAGAAAUUGUAGAGAUCAAUGUCAUUCAUACUGCCCUACAUAUGUGUGAGAAAUACUGUAGCGUACCCCAUGUGGAGUACUGGACUUGGUAGGGCACUGAGGCUGAGGGAAAUCUUAUUUUGACUUGACUAUAUUACUUUGUGUAUGUGUAGCAUAGGCUGCUUACAGACAAAUCACAAUGUUGCAAUGUGUUAAUUGUGGUCAAUGUUUUAAAUUGCCAAGUAACCAGAUGGUGUGAAGAAAGUCCAAUAAAGCAAUGGCUCAUA